AUGUAUUCACUUUUUCCCAUAGCAAUAAGGAAUAACAAUAAUAAUAAUAAAUCUUCUCGCCUUGAAGAUUUAGCAAAUGAAAUUUUUUUUGAAAUUUUCGAAUAUCUCGAUACAUAUCAUGCUUAUAAAGGAUUUUAUUAUCUUAACAAACGAUUUGAAAAUUUAUUUACAAAUUCAAAUCAUCCAACAAAAAUCGAAUUUUCAACAAUGUCAAGAUCAAAUUUCAAAAAUUAUUAUAUAGAUAUUAUUUUACCGCAUAGAUAUCAAAUUAAAUUACUUCAUUUAUCAAAUCCAUUUAGUGUUAAUGCCAUUUUUUCACCACCAAAUAUUAUAUCAGAAUUUUCUUGUCUUGAAACAUUGAUUCUUGAUAAUUUAGAAUCAAAAUAUCUAGAUGAAAUUCUGAAUUAUCUGACGUUUUUGCCAAAAUUUCAUUCAUUCACCAUUAGUUUUGCCAAUCCUAUUGAAUGUUUAAGUCAUCUUUUUACUAAAAUAGUUUCAUUAUCGAAAUUAAAAUAUUUUAAAAUGACAUAUCAAACAAAAGAUGAUUGUAUUUUAUCCAUUCAUUUUCCUGAAAAUGAUCGUAGUUCAAUUGAAUAUUUGAUUAUUAAUGGUCAUUUUCUAUUUAACCCUUUCCGGCCCGCUGUUUGA